GAUUUCAUUUCAUUUCACCAUGGACCACUGGCCAAAAGACGUCGGAAUAUGCGCUAUUCACGUCGUCGUACCGUCGUUGUACGUCGAUCAAGCCGAUUUGGAACGAUACGACCGAGUAUCCGAAGGUAAAUACACCGUCGGUCUAGGCCAAAAGCAAAUGGGGUUCUGCACGGAUCUGGAAGACGUGAACUCGCUGUGCCUAACCGCGGUCAGUCAGCUGAUCGAUAACAACGGCCUCAGCUACUCUGACAUCGGUCGCCUGGAAGUGGGCACCGAAACCAUUGUCGACAAGUCGAAAAGCGUGAAAACGGUGUUGAUGAAGCUGUUCGAGGCCAGCGGAAAUUUCCAGGUGGCGGGCAUCGACACGACGAACGCCUGUUACGGUGGCACGGCCUCGCUGUUCAACGCCCUGUCGUGGAUCGAGUAGAGCGCG